CCCGGCGAAGUUGUCGUCGUUCGAAUAUAUAUUCGAAAUGUUGUGUAGAAAUUCAACAGCGUUUACUAGGUGUCUGCUUAGAAGUUGGACAGAGAAUGAGAGAGGAUUCUCUCGCUGUUGUGUUCGAUGGCAGAACAAGGAAGUUGUCGAGUCUUCAGACAAAGGCCGCGAGCUUCAAAAAUCACUUAAACCUAAACGACCUAAACCACCUUUUAUCAAAAAUCUCUUCCUAGGAAAAUUUGACAAGGAGUUGCUGUCGUACCCCGAAUUGAAAGACAAUGCAGAACUGGAAGAGCUAAAUGCUAUGGUAGAUCCAAUAGAAAAGUUCUUCCAGAAUCUGGAUUCGAAAUCGAUCGAUGUGAAUGCAGUGAUCCCCCCGGAGACACUCAAGCAGCUCGGAGAACUCGGAUUGUUUGGCCAGCAGAUUCCGGAAGAAUAUGGUGGGCUGGGUCUUGAACGCCAACUCAAAAAGAAGGAGACCUCGCUCUGGCUUAGCGGCUAUCCGGUGAUUGACGACGAGAGGACGAGAACUAACACUGGUAGCGACGCCGCGUCCAUCCAGACUCGUGCGACGCUGAGCGAAGAUGGAACACACUACCUGCUCACCGGCAACAAGAUCUGGAUCUCGAACGGCGGGAUCGCCGACGUGUUCACGGUGUUCGCGAAGACCGAGAUCACCGAUCCGCUGGGAGAGAAGUCGGACAAGGUUACGGCGUUCAUCGUGGAGAGAUCGUUUGGCGGGGUCACGCACGGCAAGGCAGAGGACAAGCUGGGAAUACGCGGAUCAAACACGACGGAGCUACACUUUGACGCGACGCCCGUACCCACGUGCAACGUCCUCGGCGACGUCGGCAGCGGAUUCAAACUCGCGAUGAACAUCCUGAACAGCGGACGAUUCAGCAUGGGCAGCAGCGGAGCCGGCGUGCUCAAGAACCUGAUCGCGAUGACAGCUGAACACGCCGUCACGCGCAAGCAGUUUGGCAAGAGCCUCGCGGAGUUCGACCUCAUCAAGCAGAAGUUUGCGAAGAUGUCCGUGUCGUGCUACGCGAUGGAGAGCAUGGCGUACCUCACCGCCGGCAUGCUCGACUCCGGCGAGAGACCCGACUGCUCACUAGAGGCCGCCAUCGUCAAGGCCGUCUUCGAGCUGACGAAGUUGUUAGGUCCGGUUGAGUGGGCGGCUGCCUGCGGAGAUGUCUUCAUACGCGCCGGUCGCUGGCUGCAAGCAACCAGCCGUAGCGCAGGGCUGAGUGUGCGGGUGGAGGCCCCGAGACGAGCGAAAGAACGGCGCUGCCGGCGGCGGGCGGCGUCGCCGGGCAGGGUCCGGCCAGCGAGCGAAGCACAGCGCCCCCAACCGGUCCUGCAGCAAGCCGAGGCCCGCGGAGCUGACCCUCAUGGUCACGCGCACCGACAGAGCCAGGAGGAAGGUGCGAAACCCGCGCUGGCGGGCAAUGCGGCCGCUGGCGGUCUCACGGGAGGUAAAAACGCAGAUCAAAUCGGAGCGGACGAAUCAUCGCCGCGUGAACCCGCGAUUGGCGGCGGCCGGUGCGGAGUCAGGAAGUCGGCGAGGUGGCAAGCCGAGAAUGAUGUCCCGCUGCUGGCCAAGAUCGCGUCGGAGAGAGAGGAACGGCUACCCGCGCAGGCGUUGGAAUGGAGCGUCCACCGAUUCAAGUUUGCCGUCGAGGUGGUGCUGCAGCGACACGGAAAGUCCGUUAUCGACCAGCAGAUGGAGCUAGCGAGGCUCACCGACAUCGCCAUCGACAUCUACGCGAUGACGGCCGUACUGUCGCGCGCGUCCCGCUCGCUCUGCAUCGGGUUGAAGAGCUUGGACCAUGAGCUACUGCUGGCCCGCGCGUUCUGUGUCGAAGCACAUCAGAGAGUUGACAACAACAUCAAGGACCUCAUGAAAGGUAAUGUCUUAACCAACUCGAUGCAGACGUACACGGAAAUUGCCCAAAACGUAUUAAGGAGGGAGGCCUAUUGUGGCCUGACCAUCCGCCCUGAGUAG